AUGCACACUGGGUUCGAGAACUUCUGUUCAACUUAUAAUGCAACAAUCUAUGAAAUAUUAUGUCGUCGAUAUCCUAAAGACGCAUCAAUAACAAAAGGUCAAAUCUUGUUACAACGUCGUUUAUUUGAAAAUGCGUGGUUUACAUAUUCCAUGUCAUUAUUCACCUUUUUAACGUCAGAACAACAUGAAUUAGAAAUCCCAAUGAAUAUUAGUAAUAGAAACGAACGAAAUUCAUAUUUUGAUCUAAAUUUUGAAAAAUGGCAAGCACAGUUUACAUUAUUUUAUACAAAUCAUAUUAAUAUACG